AAUUAUUUACAUUUUCAAAUUUCAAAUUUCAAAUUUUACCCUUUUUCUAGUUUCAAACUUACUUCUAGUUUUUUCUUAAAAAUCUUAUACCAUGGCUUCAACGAGAAAGGAUGUGGAUCGGAUCAAGGGUCCAUGGAGCCCUGAAGAAGACGAAGCAUUACAAAGGCUGGUUCAAAACUACGGUCCACGAAACUGGUCUUUGAUCAGCAAAUCGAUUCCUGGUCGAUCGGGAAAGUCCUGCCGUUUACGGUGGUGCAACCAGCUGUCACCUGAGGUAGAACAUCGACCAUUCACACCUGAAGAGGACGAUACUAUUAUCCGAGCCCACGCUCGGUUUGGUAACAAGUGGGCUACUAUCGCCCGACUUCUAAACGGCCGGACCGAUAACGCUAUUAAAAAUCAUUGGAACUCUACAUUGAAGAGGAAAUGUUCUUCGCUCGGCGAUGAUUUGAAUGAAGAUGAUAAUAAUCCCCAACCAUUGAAAAGAUCGGCUAGUGUUGGGCCGGGUAACAAUAUUUCGGGACUGUACUUGAACCCGAGUAGCCCAUCCGGAUCCGAGUUGAGUGAUUCCAGUUUGCCUGGUAUUCAAUCUCCAGUUUACCGGCCAUUGUUGAGAACAGGGUCGCUUGCUCCAGUUGAAGCCUCUUCUUCCACAACGGAUCCACCCACUUUACUCAGCCUCUCGCUUCCGGGAUCUGGAUCCGACUCUUGUGAGUUCACAAAUAAUGGAUCUGGAUCCUCAUCCGGACCCGUUUUGAAUUCUAAUAAUAUGGUACAGCCACAGGUGGCACAACCACCUUUGGUACAAAAUCAUAGUGAAGGUUACGAAAAGCAGUUCUUUAGCACAGAGUUUUUGGAAGUGAUGCAAGAGAUGAUAAGGAAAGAAGUAAGGAAUUACAUGUCUGGAAUUGAACACAAUGGACUGUGUAUACAGACGGAAGCUAUUAGGAAUGCUGUGGUGAAGCGUAUGGGUAUUAGCAAGAUCGAUUAGAGAGAAACACACUAGUCAAUUAAUUGAUCAUCAAACUAGAACACUUCAUCAGGGAGAUGAUAAAAUGUGAAGAAAAAAGAAAACUGUCUUUGUUUUUUUGCUUUUUGUUUUAAUUAGUCGCUUUAUGGUUCCUUCGUCACAGAAAGUAAUAAUUUUGGUAGUGUACAGAGGGGAAAGACUGGGAAUGAAGAAGAGAGGGUUUUGUUGAUGAGGCAAAGAGAAGGAAAUAAUCUCUUUUGAAUAUAAAAACCAAACAAAAUUAAAACAUAAGAUUUAUUUUUGCAGUUA